AUGGCGCUCACCCCCGGGUCGCACCACUCCCCCGGACUCGCGCCGCACUCGCCGUUCUCCCCGUUCGGUGGCGGCGGCGGCUCGCCGCGCGUGCGGCUGUGCAUCGCGCCCGAGCUCGCGAUCGACGCGUCCGCGGAUCGUAGGCGAAUGUUUCUCGUGCCGUCUCGUCUCGCGACCGACGCCGACGCCACCGUGCGCGCGCUCGCGGACGAGAUCUCCGCGCUGUGCGGCGGCGCGCGCGUGCGGCUGCGCGUGGGCGGGUACGCGCUCGAUCCGGACACGUCGAUCGCGGUCGUGAGGGACGGGGACGAGAUCCACGUCGCGCGCGCGGGCGGCGACGGCGGCGGCGGCGACGCGCGCGAUCGCGACGACCUCGCGACGACGACGACGACGACGACGACGACGACGACGCCUGGCGGCGCGGCGUGGAAGAGGAAGGGCGCCGUCGGGGAAGCGAACGAUCGCGCGGACGUCGUGAAGCGCGUGCGGUUCGCGAGCGAGCCCGCCGCGGCCGCCGCCGCCCCCGCCGUCGCGCGCGACGGCGUCCCUCGCGCGGCCGCGUCCGUCGAGCGCGGGAACGGGAUCGCGAUCGGCGACGACGCUGACGCGGACGCGCAUCAGAGAGAGAGGGACGAGAGCGCCGCGUCCUCGAGGAGCCGGAGCGCGCGACGAAAGGCGCUGAAGCGCGCGAAGGCGCGGCACGAGAAGUACGGCACGCCGAUCCCUAGCGUCGCGGCGAUCGCGAGCGGCGCGAAGACGACGACGGCGACGGCGACGACGGCGACGACGACGACGACGACGACGACGACGGCGACGGCGAGGAUCGACGCCGCGCCGAGCGCGUUGGAUCCCAACGGCGACCUCGUGCGGAACGGCGGGUCGCUGCGGACGUGGAGCGAGCGGCAGUGGGUCCCGCACCCGAACGACGCGCAGCUUCAGGUGGCGGACGACGCGCGCGCGGAGGAGGAGCGGCGAAGGAGGAGCGGCGGAGGCGCGGCGAAGCGAACGUUCGGCGGCGGCGGCGGCGGCGGCGCGGCGUCGUCGUCGUCGUCGUCGUCGUCGUCGUCGUCUUCCUCCUCCUCCUCGUCGUCGGACGAUAGCGACUCGGAUGAUUCCGACGACGAAUCGGACUCCGCGAUGGCGGGCAUGCCGACGCGCGGGUUCCACGUCGUGGACUACCCCCGCGGGCGCGGCGGCGGCGCGCCGACGACCGCGCCGCCGCCCGCGGCGGCGACGCGCGACGACUACCUCGCGCUCGUCGUCCACGACGCCGCCGCGUACCCGUCGCACGCGCCGCCGUACGCGCGUAACUACAAAUCCGACGGCGUCGUCCCGAGCGUCGGCGACGUCCUGCUGUACCGCGUCGACGACGGCGGCGGCGCGCCGUCCGCGGAGACGUACCAGGGGAUCGUGGAGGCGGUUGCGCCGGAUUUCGGCGGCGACGGCGGCGGCGGCGUGCGGCUGGCGGCGACCAUCGCGCCGCACCCGCCGGAGAGGAAGAUGCGAGGGUUGACGCUGGCGGCGGCGGCGGCGGCGAGACGAGCGAUGCGCGGGGAGGAGGAAGCGGACGGGGAGGGCGUCGUCCCGGCGCCGUUCGAAGAGGACGCGACGGUCACGCUGGGGGUGAGCGAUAUCUUCGAUCACGUCGUCGUCGGGACGGGGACGGGGACGGGGGGGGAGGGUGCCGACGGGGAGGGUGCCGACUCGGGUGUCGACGCGAGCGCCCCGCCCCCCGCGUCGCCUCCUGAUUCUCCCUCCCCCGCGCGCGUCGCGAAGCGGAAGGACCCCGAGCCCGAGCCCGAGCCCGAGCCGGUCGCGCCGCCGGUCGCGCCGGUCGCGCCGCCGCGGCGACCGGGCGCGCCCCCGACGGGCGUCGCGCUGGCGGCGGCGUGGGCGCGAUCGACGACCGCGAUGCGCGCGUUACGCUCGCGACGAACUUAG